AUGACGUCAAAGUUGAAAGUUCUUCUUUCGGUCUUUUUGGCAGCCAUGUCGAGUUUCAUGAAGGUGCUGGUGAUUGAUGGGAGGGGUCAUCUACUUGGACGUCUGGCGUCCAUAGUGGCCAAGAACCUCCUCCAAGGUCAGAAGGUGGUCGUAGUACGAUGUGAGCUCAUCAACAUCUCGGGUAGCUUCUACAGGAACAAGCUGAAGUACAUGCAGUUCAUGCGCAAGCGCACCAACACCAAGCCCUCUCGUGGGCCCUACCAUCUCCGCAGCCCCAGCCGUAUGUUCUGGAGAGUCAUCAGGGGAAUGUUGCCACACAAGAGAACACGUGGUGUGGAAGCACUGGAAAGGCUCAAGGUCUUUGAAGGAUGUCCUGCCCCCUACGACAGGAAAAAGAGGUUCGUUGUCCCCUCUGCUCUGAGAGUUAUGCGACUCAAACCCAAGAGGAAGUUCUGCCAACUUGGCCGUCUUGCUCAUGAGGUUGGUUGGAAGUACAAGAACAUCAUUGAGGCUUUGGAGGAGAAGAGAAAGGCUCGUGCCCAUCUGCACUACCAGAAAGAACAGAGGAAAGUGGCCCUUCGAAGGAAAGCAGUGAAGAGUGUUGGAGACAAAAUCGCCCCCUACCAGAAGAUCAUUGAAGGCUAUGGCUUCCAUUGAAA